AUGGUCAUCAUGAUCUGCGCCAUCAUUCCGAUCUCCCCAAAGUAUUACCAACACAUUUCGGCAGAACUAUUAACAAUUGGAGUUAUGCACAGAAUUUAUCUUUAUUGUGGAUAUUUGCGCAUUAAAUGGGAACUAAUGGCCGUUUACAUUGCAGGAGUUCCUUUUAAAGCAAGCAUAGACCAUACGGUUAAAUGCUUUCAUUCAAUUAGAGCUGAUCGAGUCUUUUCAGAUAUGGCAAUCGUUAAGCCAUUUCGUCCCGAGUUAUCAGAAGCGCCUCAAUAA